AUGUGGCGGUGCUACUUAGGGCUUGAUAGUGUAACUAUUGUCAAGUGGUGCGUAGCGAGACUGCUGUCAGGAACUGUUAACCAGACUUAUGGAUUAGAGCUUAGAAGUUUGAAGUACGUUCCAGUCGACGAUCUCUCCGGUCGAGUAGAAGAGUACAAGACUAGAAGACGACGGUGGACCAGUUCUCUCCACUCACGCUAUUCAAUCGUAACUCUCAAAUAUUCAUCUUCACGGUUCAGUUAUGGAAAAUAGUCCAAUUGACGUAGACAUGGAUGGUGCAAGUGAGGCUGUUGAGAAAAAUAAAAUGCCGGUAGUUGGGGGACAAAAGGACAUCAAAUGCUUGGCACAACUACACGGAUGUUAGAGAUCCAAAGACGGGCAAGGUUGUAAAGGCGCAAUGCAAACAUUGUUCUAAGGUAUAAGAUGAGGAUUGCUUGAGGGCAUCAAAUGUUUGAGUUGACUUUGAACAGUUAUUGGAAGAUGUGGAAAAAUAUGAGGAAGAAAUCAGUUGCAAUAUGGAAGAUCUCGUACGAGGGAAUAAGUAAUUGCUUUUGUUGCUGGUUGCUGUUUUGCUGUUUGCAGUUGUUGUUUUUGCUGUUUGCAGGUUGCUGUUUGCUGUUGCUGUUUUUGUUGUUUUGAGAUGUUGUGUUUUGUGCUGUUUUGCUGUUGGUGUUUUGCUGUUUAGUGCUGUUUUGAGACUGUCAUGUUAUUGCUGUUUUGCUAUUUUGAGAUUGUUUGAGUAAUUGUUUUGUAAUUUGUUGUUGGCUUUUGUUAUCAUUGACAAUUGGAAUGAUUUGUGGUUUGUAGCUUGUC